AUACUGUGUCACGCACAUAAUUGCAGCUAGGAACUUGAAUAAUUUUGGCGGUUUACAUGAUUUUUGUGGACGAUGCGAUGACGUCAGUCGUUGCACCAACCCGGAAGUGAAGCUGUGUUGAAAGUUCAAACUGAUCAGAACUUUGUGAGAGAUCUUGUCACCGUGUUUGCCGCUCGCUGUUCAGGACUCCUCCCAGUCAUGGGUGGUACAGUUUAAGGUGCACGGAGACAGCAUGGCCCAGCAGCCCAAGAAGACGCUGUACCUGGCCAACGACUUUGACUCGCUUCACAAACUGGCAGAUGUGGAGUUCCAGGCUGGAGGCUGGAUACUCAAGCAUGCAGAAACAGCCAAGAAGCUGUUUGCAGCUGCGGAGGCAGCUGGACAGGAGGGAGAUGAGGAGAAGGCGUUUGUGUACUACAUGCGCUACCUGAACCUUCUGCACAAGGUGUGCUGCACACAGGAGUACAGGAAGAAGAAGGAACAACAACCGGAGCUGGUGGUGCCCUUGUUCUCCAUGAGAUCUCCAGCUGGCAUGAAGGCCAUUCAGGAGGCUGAGAGACUGAAAGAAAGCUUAAAGAUUAGGUAUGAGCAGUUGGCCCGGGCCAGGGCACAGCAACAUCAAUACCAGUAUCAACAAGACUUAGAGGUGCCUGAGUCUUGUCCAACCCCACCACCCUACACCCCGGUACCGGAGCCCCCUCCACCUUAUACUGCAGUACAGCCUGCAGUAGUUAUACCGUCAGCACCUCUGCUAGAGCCAAGGACAGCUCAGCAAGGCCUUCCACAACAGGUGACUGCACCAACCCCUAGACCAGUGCCCCCUACUGUUCCACCUGUGAACUACACACAACGACCACCACAUCCACCAGCACCAUCAGCUCCUCCACCACCGGUUUUGUACCCAGGGCCACAGCCAUCUACACCAGCUACACCACCACUGGUGUCAUACCCUGGGCCACAGCCACCUACACCAGCUCCAGCACCACCAGUGUCGUACCCUGGCCCACAGCCACCUACAUCAGCUACACCACCACCGGUGUCAUACCCUGGGCCACAGCCGCCUACAGGGUUUACAGGCACAGGCGUACCUCCUGUACCGCAAAAUUACCCUGCAUACCCCUCUGAUGCUGCUCAAGAACCUGGUACACGACCUCGUGUGCCUUUAUACCCAACAAUAGGAGACACAGGUGCUGGUGCCACAGAGUCAUCUCCUGUAGAUGGUGCUACACAGGGGGAUAGGCAGUCAUCAGAUUCUCCUUCACCACAUGAACUCCCAGGGGAUGGAAAAAGAGAUGCUGAAGAUGAAAGUGGGAGGGCAUCCCCUGAUCUUAGUGACUUUGUUGUUUACGGUGAAGGUGAGAUAAAUGAAGACAGGGACUCAACAGGCCUUGAAGAAGUUAAAAAACCUGAAGUGCCUACAUCAGAGGAUAGGAGUGUCACAGAAGAUGGGAGUAGUAAUGUGCCUGAUGGUGAGGAGGACAGGGAAGCUGGCAUCCCCCAGGAGACUCCCACGUCAUCGGGACAGAAGGAUGAUACUGGUGAUGAGAAGGUGGCUCUUCCCCCCAGUGAUGAGUAUGCAUCAGCAGCUGGUGGUGGUGUGGCCAAAGGUGGUGGUGCUGAGGCUGAGGGUGGUGAGGGGGUGAGAACUGGACAGGAGGGCACAGCAGGACAGGAUGGAGGUGUGGAUGGGUUGAUAGAUGGCAUGGCAUCUCUUCAUCUGCAGGAUGUUCCAUCUCCUGACUUGGGUGCACCAGAAGACCUCCCCAGACCUCUGGAGGACCCGGAGUCAGCCAUGCCUACAGACAGCACACAGGACACAGGGGAUGUGGCAGGUGAGAGUGCUCUCUGGCCCUGUGUGCAGUGCACAUACCUGAAUGAAGAAUGGCGUCACCACUGUGAGAUGUGUUACAACAGUAGAGACACCAGUUUCAUAGGUAACCCUCCUGGCUUUGGCUCAACUCUUCAGAACAUAGCACUGCGGCCAGAGUCAGCGGUACCAGAGCCUGAAAGGGAGACUGUAGCCUCUGACCAGUCUCCUGAGGAUAGUGGGGAUGAGUACAACAGUGCCCCAGAGGACAGUAUCACAGAUAACACUGCAGAUGAAGGAGACAGAAUGACGUGGGUGUGUCACAGGUGCACGUAUGUCAACACUGGUGCCAGUCCCAUCUGUAGCAUGUGCAGAGUUCUCAGAAGAGUUGACUAUCCUGUGCCAGAUGAGACAGUUGAAGAUGUCUCCUCUCGGUUUGGCCGUCUAACUCGGCCUCCACUCAGGAGUACAGCCCCAGGUGCUUCAGCUGCAGACAGUACAGCCCGUGGAGGGACAGCAUUGCUGGACAGCUUGAGACAGCAGCUGGCCAUGAACCAAGGUUACCACAAACACAGCGUCACGGUGAGCCGGGACUCCAUCCACGCAGACGUCAUAGGUCUGUACUCAGACACAGACAGGAGAACCUGGACACAUCAGAUCAGGGUCACCUUCAAGGGUGAGCCAUCGGUGGAUGUGAAGGGGGUCAGCAGGGAGAUGUUCACUAUCUUCUGGGAGGCCGUGAAGCAGAAGUCCACGGCUGGAGCGGACGUUCGCCUGCCGAUCUCCACCCCCGAGUAUAACCAGCGGUACUGGGAGGCCGUGGGGAGGGCGCUGUGCCACUGUUACGUGCUGGUCGGACACUAUCCUGUGGAUGUCAUCUCAGAGGUGAUCACUUUGCACAUUCUGGACAAGAAACCUACCAAGUCAGCUCUCGAGGAGGCCUUCCUCAACACACUCACAGAAACAGAGAGAACCCUGCUCAAAUCCCAGUUUGACAACUACACGCCAGAAAACUUCAUGUCCAAGAAGACAGAGCUGAGAGACUUUCUCAUCAACUGUGAGACUCAGACGAUUCCAACGUUUGAGGAUUUUCCGGAGAUCUUCCAUCGCGUGGCAGAGUUCAAGGUGUUUGAGGAACCAAAGGCCGCCAUUUUGGGCAUUGCAUCAGGUUUUGAAGAAGCCAGUGCCGACAUUUUUAAACAGGUGACCACGGAGGACAUCCACGCCUUGUAUUCAUCUCUGCAGCCAACCGCAAACAACAUCAUUGGUAAGCUGGAACUGACCAGUCAGAGUCAGCGCGGGGAGGGGCCCAGGGUCUUCUCCAUGCUGACGUCGUUCCUGCAUGGCUCCAACGAAGACGUCUGCAGAAAGUUCCUCCGCUUCGUAACAGGAAGCAACCUACUCAGCAUGGACCAGAUCAAGGUGCGCGUGGACCCGGGGGUGCGCGGCAUCGAGUCCCACACCUGCUUUAACGAGAUCGCACUGCCUACCUUCCAGGAGUGUUCCAGUCAGGAGCAGUUCAACCAGGUGUGGAUGACUCUACUGGAGGACAGCGCUGCGUGGGAGUACAACUUGACAUGAAAACAGCUUAAAGCAACUCAGAAUAGAGACCUUUAUAGCUUUCUCUGAUGAUUUCUGAAAGGCUCACUAAGGUGCACUUAGGUGCACCUGUUCCACCAUGCCCUCCAUGUACAUAUGUAUGUGGUUAAUUGUAAUAAAUAAAUAAAUAAGUAAAGCAACUCAACAGAAAAGUAGACAUUCUCAUUGUUCCAUGAUGGUGAAAGUGCAAAGUAGUUGUGAACAAAUAUGGUACAUGUAAGUCAUGACUGUGAUAUCAUUGAUUGGAACUGAAAUCUGAUAGCAACAUUCACCACAGGCUUUGGUGGAAUGUAAGACGUGUUGUCACUGCUUUAGGCUUUUCUAUACAGCCUUAAGAGGUAGUGUUGCUAGGACAUCAUUUGCAGCAGAAGUUGCAAACACCAGGAAAGAUACUUCCCCUGAAUUCACAACUUCUUUUGCCGUUGAUCAUAUAUACCUGAUACACGUCAACCUACUUCUGGGAACACACGUACAUGUACAAUAACUUCGCAUGGGUGGUCAUAACUGUAGCACUUCCCAACAUAUAUGGACUAACUGAAACAGGCCUUGAGUAGAAGGGACGGGGAGUGACUCUGUUUAUAGGCUGAACCAUACACUGCUGUGUUCUCCUCUCCAUUUCCACACCGGGGCCUGGCCGGGCUGUUUCGGUUAACGAAAAUAAAAAAUUUAUACCAACAAUAUACGCAGGUAGUCCCCAUUAUUAAAUUUUUCAACUAUUUUGUGCUUUGUUGU